AUGCGACAAUUCGACCUCCCUUUGCUACGCACUAUCGUCCACGAACAUGAUAUUGAAUCCGUCACACCAUGUUCGAGACACCAACGUCAUGCAUUAGGCGCAGAAAACGGCUUUGGUCGCCAAACCAUCAUAUUCAAGAUUAAGCUCCACGAUGGGAAAGCUGUUGUUAUUGAUAGAGUUAAGCAUGCGUGGCAGAAGGUGAUUCAUCAACAUACAAGUUUGAGGACUAUAUUCGCUGUGCAGCCAAGGACUAAAGACAUCUUCAAAGUAGUAAUCAAAACCCAUCUUGCUGCAUUUAUCCAUGUCUAUUUCAGAGGGACGGAUGACCUAAAGGCCAAGGUUGAGCAAGAACCACUGCCAAAUCUCACCCCAGAGUUGCCGAUGCAUGUGGUUCACGUCUACACAAACGACGGCAGCUCAUCUCCGCUACUCAGGCUUUGCUUUAGUCCCGUCUCUAUCAACGAUGACUCUUUGGUUGGAAUACAGGCAGAUUUAUCACGAGCCUAUCGCUCGUUGGCUUCUCCGGCGCCACAGCCUGGUGUUGCGCUUACCCUUCAGGGGACAGAAGGUCUACCACCUCAUACCCUAGAACGAAUCGGAAAUUUGGAGCCUACGAUCUUUGGUCAUAGUGUACCAGCCAGCCAAGUUAAGUCACGGACGACAGUUGCGGAAUAUAUAAAUGUGGCUAUGCCAGUGUCAUUGGGUCAGGCUUUGCUUUCCCGGUGUUCGGAUGACGGGGUUGAUGUUAUGAAUAUGUUUCAGUCUGUAUGGUUGAUUAUAUCAAAAAUUUACCUUAAUCUGGACCGACCUUGUUGUAGGUAUACGACAACGUGGAGCGACACAGUAACUAGCAUCGAUGGAAUCGGUUGUUUCGCUCAGCACGAUUUAUUAUGUACAGCGCAGCUCUCAGAUGACUACCGAGUCACAGAUGUACUCAGAAGUCUGCACGCUCAAACAGUUGAAGAUGAGAAGGUCGGUGCCCAAGCAUCGUCAAUCACGACGUAUAAUGGCGAAAGACUUUGCAAUUCAACUAUUCGUUGGCUCGACUGCACCGCUGCACCCGACGGAUUAGAUAAGUACAUGAGCCUAAUACCAAUCAAAGCAAGCGGGUUUGCGAAGGACGAUAUAACUUUCACGCUGAUCUAUGAUGGGGAAGAAUUAGUGGGUCAGUUACGGACAAGCUAUUCAGUUGAGCGCUGGCUAGCUAAGAGCAUUUCUGACAUGUUCGUACAAUCGCUGGAGUUCAUCUUGCGUCAUCCAUCCUGCAAGAUCAAAGAUAUCCCCCGUUGUAGCCGAAAUGAUAUAAGAAGGGUUCACGGCUGGAACGAUGGUAGUUUAAGGAAGUAUGAAAGCUGCGUACAUGAUACUAUACGGAACCAAGCUCGACUACACCCAGGUUCUCCUGCGAUCGUUGCCCAUGAUGGAUAUCUCUCUUAUCAAGAUCUCGAAGCUCUUACAAAUCGAUUGGCUCAUACCUUCUUCACUAGAUAUGCCUUUCAGCCCGAGGAGAAGGUUAUUUUGGUGUUUCCUCAUUCUGUCUGGUCCAUAGUGGCGAUGAUAGCUGUUAUGAAGGCUGGCUCUGCAUUCGUCCCCCUGGACGAAAAUUUUCCUCUAGAUCGAGUCAAAUCCAUUGCCUCGAAAUCUAAUGCGCGGUUCGUCAUCACAAAUGGUCUAUCCUCUGUCAAAUACAAAGAAAUUGGAUUGGGGCCCAUCCUCCUAGAUCAAUCGUUUGUAUCAAAGGAGACUCUAUCGGCAAUGGAAGAUUGGGCAAACCGAAAUGUCAGCCCAAGUAAUCUUGCCUAUGUUAUCUUUACGUCCGGAAGCACAGGAGAGCCCAAGGGGUGCGCAAUCGAACAUCAGGCAUUUUGCUCUUCAGCCCUGGCAUACGGUCCGGAGUUGAAACUGGGAAGUAGUAGCCGAAUUCUACAGUUCUCCUCCUACGCAUUCGAUGCUUCUUUGGUAGACAUCCUCGUAGGGCUCAUUUCUGGAUCGUGCAUCUGCGUGCCUUCAGACCACGAUCGGAUGAAUGACCUCGGCCAAGCAGCGAUGCGGAUGGAAGCGAAUUGGGCUAUGCUAACUCCAUCGCUUGUCUCGAGACUAAAUAUUGAGAAUGCAAAAUGCAUCAAGACCCUCGUCCUAGUAGGCGAGCCGCUAAGCGCUAAUGUGAGGGAUGCUUGGGUGCAUCGCGUCGAUCUUUUUGGUGGUUAUGGACCAAGUGAAGUUGGCCCGAUUUCUGCUGUCGUGGGACCGAUGACAUCCCAAUCGCAUCCCACCAACAUAGGGUAUCCUGUGGGAAACAAAAGCUGGGUCGUGGAUCCGACUGACCAUGACCAGUUAGUGCCCGUAGGAGCGAUCGGGGAACUCGUAAUCGAGAGUUACUCCCUUGGAAGGGGAUACAUCGGCGAUGAUGCGAGGACAAACCAGGUCUUCAUCGAAAAUCCUGAGUGGUCUAAGUUGCCAGAGUUCCGCACCGAAUCGAAGACACGGCGCAUGUAUAAGACUGGAGAUCUGGUGACCCGUUGCGAAAAUGGGACUCUCCAGUAUAUUGGGCGCAAAGACAUGCAAGUCAAGGUUCGAGGUCAGCGCAUGGAACUAGGUGACAUCGAAACACAUUUGAAAACUAUUGUUCCCUUCGAACUUGCUGUCGAACUAGGGGUCCCUCGUGGAUGUAAAGAGGAUGAAAAGAUGUUAAUCGCAUUCCUCUGUCUGGGACCUGAGUCGAGAGUUCCCGAUGAUCUAUCUUCCAUAGAUAUAACGAUACAAGCCCAGCUACACGCCUUGCUUGACGGUAUUGAAGAGAAGUUAUCAAGCAAGGUAGCUCGCUACAUGUUGCCUGUAGCUUAUUUACCUCUCCGCAAUCUUCCGGUCACGAUAUCGGGGAAAAGGGACCGACGGAAGUUACAACAAUUAAUUACCUCCUUGAACAAAGAAGAGCUUCUGGCUUGGAGGACGCCGAAGUCAGCACUAACAGGUGGUCGACCUAUAGUCACGGAUAUGGAUCAGCGAGUUGCUAAUCUUUGGUCCAAAGUUCUGGGGGUUGAAACUGAGAAUCUGAACUUGGAUGAUGAUUUUGUUAAACGAGGAGGCGAUUCAUUGGCAGCUAUGCGACUUGCAAAUCUCGCUAAGGAUGCAGGGCUAAAGCUAUCUUUUAGAGAUAUAUACCGCAAUAACCGUCGACUUGGUGACCAAGCACAAGUCUGCAUAAAACAUGCCCGAAUUUAUAAAGGCAAGAUUUGA